ACAGAUUGCUUUUCAACCGUUUUGUUUGUGAUUUGUGUUUUGUUGUUCAAAUAAUUAGGUAUAAAUGCAAAAUACAAAUCCUUAUUUAAAAUAAAUUCAAAGUAAAACAGAAUUACUGUACUCAAGUGCAAUUUCAGUGCCAUUUACAUAAUAUCAUCUAAGAAAUUUAGAACGUUACAAACAUAGACUAUCGUGUAGCGACCGGUAAAUUAUUGUUAUCUCACUAUUCUAUAUAAUUGCGAUAUGCCGAUAGUAUUACCAAUAACCGCAAUUCAAUACGUAUUACUUAACACGCCAGUUCGAAAUGUUGCAUAGGAAAUCACCAUACCGCAAAUUGCAAACGGAACACACACCUAAAAAUCAAGCUACGUAAACAAACAGUUAAAUCUAUCCGGUCAACUAAGAAAGGUUCUUAUUGUGCCUUGAUUAUAAAAUAUUUUAAAGAAAUAACCUCGAUAAAUUCAAACUGUUCAUGGUAAAGAACCUAAAGUUAUUUUCAACAUGUUGUCCUGGAUACAACAUAGAUGGACAGCCUUGUGGCUCCUUAUAGCAUCCCAUGGUGCUUUGUGCCUAUUUUUGUAUGGCUUUUUUCCACUGAAGUAUCAUUCGGGAAAACUGGCUCAUAUGGACGACCUUCCCAAUUUCAUAAAUGGUGUGAGUAUUGAUGGUCAGGAAGUGUAUAAUUCUGGUGAAAACAGUGUCAUUCUGAUGGUGAUAGAUGGCUUGAGAUAUGACUUUGCAACUGAAGAAUACAUGCCCUUUAUGGGAGAACUAUUGAAAAAUAAAUCUGGAUGCAUCUAUGUAUCUGUCGCAGAGCCACCUACAGUUACCAUGCCUAGGAUUAAGUCACCAGAAAGGAAAAAGGAGAAGGCACAGUGGAGGCGCACAAUAAACUUCUGGAGGGAUAUAUUCGCCAUGAUGACAGGCAGCGUGUCUACGUUCGCAGACGUAGCGUUGAACUUCGGUGCGCCUGCAGUUAAAGGAGACAGUGUGCUGCGAGUGGCUGCAUCAAGAAAACGGCGAUCUGUCAUGUAUGGAGACGACACGUGGCUUAGACUGUUCCCUGGUCUAUGGGCAGACUCUGAUGGAACUACUUCCUUCUAUGUCACGGAUUAUACUGAGGUAGAUAACAACGUAACGCGGCAUCUAGACAAAGUGCUCACGCCAGAUGAAAACAAAAAGCCCACCUUUGACUUCUUAGUACUCCAUUACUUAGGGUUGGACCACAUCGGGCAUUUAGAAGGUGCUAGAAGUCCGAAAAUUAAGCCCAAACUAUUGGAAAUGGAUGAGGUGGUCAAGAAAAUAUAUACCGCUAUGAGAACAUGGGAUCGUACAGGGAUAUUGUUGAUCUGUGGCGAUCACGGGAUGAGGGACGCCGGGGGACACGGCGGAGCGAGUGUUGCUGAAGUGUUGGUGCCAUUAGUGAUGAUCAAGAGCGACAAUUUUCAGUGCCCACAUCCGUUAGGUCCAGGCCCAACAGUAGCUCAAGUAGACGUAGCGCCCACAGUAGCAUGGCUACUGAACGCGCCUAUACCGGGAGACAGUACCGGCAGGAUACUACCCUCGCUGCUACCUGCGGAUAUGAGACAGCAUCUCUAUCUCUUGCAUGUGCUAGCGGCGCAUAACGCCAAACAAGCUCUGCCCGCGGACACAGAAUUCUACAAACAGUUCAAACGCGCCGAGUCACAAUUCGCCCACUUCCUCUCUACGGGACAGGAGAGCGCGGCCAAAAUCGCCAAAGAUUUCUACGACGAGUCGCUGAAAGAUAUGGCCAAAUACCUCACUGAAACUACCACAGAGUUCGACAUGUUUGCUAUUGGAAUCGCCAUUUUUAUGCUGUAUGUUUUGACCGGAGCGCUUCUAUGCGUCACACUUUUCUCAUUCCAACAAGACCCACAAAGAAAGACUAGCGUAGUACGACACCAUAGGUCCCAAGCAAGCACCUUCGUAGCCUUCGGGAUCAUUUUCUCCCUAAUCUCGACCGUUUUACUCAUUACCUGCUUUAUAUCGGAAACUAAAAGCCGAUUUUGUUCCUUCAACCCGACUUGGUCAAUCGCUUUCAUUGGAUCUUCUUUUGCUUUAACAGCGGCGUAUUUUGUUAUAAAAUCGGCUAUAGAAAGAACCAAAGAUUUAUCCGCUUUGAGGGAACUAAACGCAAUUGACUAUUUGCUGAUAAUUGGUACAUUAUUUCACGCUUGGUCGUUUUUCGGGACUAGUUUCAUAGAAGAGGAGCAUAUGACGUGGUAUUUCUUUUGGAAUACUCUGAUGUUCUUUAUAUUGGUGCGGACGAUUGUGGUAGUUGUGAUGUACUUUAGUAAGAAGUGGUCUGGGGCUACUGAGGUUCAAGAGAAACCGGAUUUGGAGAACAAGAUGAGCUCAGUGGGUAUCAGUAUCGUGCCUCAAUGGGUGUUGCUGAUUGCUUUGCACAGGUACCUAAGAACAAUGAAUCAAACUGGCGACCGUUGGCUGUUCCUACCGGACACUGCGGAUUGGCUGAAUAUGCCGGAAAACGCUUUUUAUCUAGAAGCACAUCUUGUUAUAGGGACCGUCUUAACACUAGGCAUAUGCCUCUGGAACGUUCGAUACAUGAACAAUUUCAUGCAAAUGCACUCCGCUAUAACCGUUUCAGCGACGGCUUGCAUCUUCCUCUACCGAAUAGCAACCGAUGCCUUACAAACUCGAUACACAUUCAUAAAAACUUGGGACCCAGUCGUCAUAGUCAACGUUUUCUGGGGUCUACUAAUAUUUCAAGUAAUUUUCGAACUGGCGACAUAUAUUGGCAUUUUCACUAAAUGCGGUUUCAAACCAAACAGCAACAGUAAGUUCGGUUAUACGAAACCGAAAGCGAAAACAGAAGAUUACUUCUACGACCAAAUGGACGAACCGUGGAAUAUUGAGGAAGUGAAACUGAGUUUGGCUCGUUCGUUAUCGCAUAUAAUGUAUAAUGAUAUGAUGCUGAUAAUCAUUUUGCUGAUGCGGCCCCAUAAUGUGAUAAUGGUGCCGAGUAUAUUCUUCACUUGUGUGAUGACGUGCAAGUGUUUGGACCAUAAGUUGUUGGACGCGCGGGCGGGCAGGCGGACGGAAGUCGCUGAUGUUUUGAGCCAAGCGCUGGUACAUUUGUGGAUAGGCAUCCUGUUUUAUUUUUACCAGGGUAACUCGAACAGCUUGGCAUCGGUGGACCUGGGCUCAGGUUACGUAGGUCUCCGGGAGUACAGCGCAGUGAAGGUGGCGCUUCGCAUGGGCCUGCACGCAUAUGCGGGGCCUGCUCUAGCCGGUGCGCGGCUGUUCUGCGCUUUGGCCGCCGACCCAUCCAAAUCCUGGCAACAGUACUUACAGUCAGUAUGGCGAGUUAUAAACAUCUUUGCACUGCAAAGGGUGUACCAGCUCGUUAUAUACUGCGUCAUAGCGACGAUAUUCAGACACCAUCUAUUCGUAUGGACAGUCUUCUCACCGAAGUUGUUAUACGAUUUCGUUGCGACCGUCUUUUCCAUGCAAUCACUUUCCACGAUAGGCAAUAUAGUACUGUUAACGCACAUAACUAGUUGGGUCGCUAAACUAUUUACUUAUAAAACGACGCUGUGAUAUUUUAAACAACUAAUAUGAGUAUUAGGCUGGCCGCACUUUGAUGCGUUUUAGAUUAAAUACUAGCUUUAGAUUAAAUAAAUUAAUAUAUUUAAUAAAAUUCAAAUCUAAUAAAUCGGACAAACAAAAGGUGUACAAUAUUAGUACCUAUUUUGAAUAAAUGGUUUUGUACCGAAGAAAUUAAUUAAUUCAUUUCUGAUGUGAAGUGCAAAGGUUCGAGUACACACAUCGAGUUUAGACAUUCGUUAAUUAUUCUAAAUCGCUUAGAAACCUCCAAAUUCGAUGUGUUUGCGCUAGUUUAAAGAGUGUUGUAUUAGCAUUAUUAUAAUAAUAACGCUAAAGCUCAAACCCUCGCCAAUCUUUAUAAUCGCUAUGAAAAUAGCUGGACUUCGUUCAUUGGUCGGUUGAACUCGCAGCGCGUUUCACAGCGGCUAUAAAAAUUAACGAUAAAUGUUUGUAUUUCUUGUUACCAAUUAUCGCU